CGAAUGUAACAUUGUCUCAAUUUUGUUUAUGUAUUUUUUGAGUUUUUGAUAACUCGCAGCUGCAAUUUUAAAUAAUUAAACAAAAACUGUGAAGGAUAAGGAAAAACAAUGCAUCGUCGUGGAGGAAAAAGAAUUCGUAUGGAUGAACCUCCGCCAGAUUUUGAUGAACCGCAGGAGCCACCAUAUCAGAGCGAACCACAUAACGAAAGUUGGUCGUCUGGUGGUGCUGGAGAAGGUCCUUCCGAAGAGACUCAUCCAGAAGAAGAGCCCACCGGCCGUGGAGGAGGUCGUGGUGGACGAAUGACUCGUCUUAGGGCUCGUGGUGGAGUGCCACUGAAGGCCCCGAUCAUCGACGAGGAUGAUGAUGAUAUUUUCUUUGGAUCUCGGUUCGAGCAACAGAAAAAACGUAAAGCUCCUCGAAAGCCCCGCGGUGAGGGAGUUCCGAAAGAACCACGCGAGAAAAAGGAACGAAUCUAUCAUCACGAUCAUGAGGAGAGAGUAGUGGUCACGGAUCGGGAAAGUACUACCGAUGAAAGCAGCUUGUAUUUUAUAUUGCGACACUCGAAAUCGGCUAUCACUGGAAUCGUUGACGAUUGGAUCGAGAGCUACAAGUUGGAUAAAGAUUCCGCUCUGAUUGCUCUUAUGAAUUUCUUUGUUCACGCUAGUGGUUGUAAAGGGAAAAUUACACCAGAAAUGCAACAAACCAUGGAACAUACAGCCAUCAUUCGUAAAAUGACGGAAGAGUUUGAUGAAGAUAGCCACGAAUAUCCACUUAUCAUGCCCGGUCAACAAUGGAAGAAAUUCAAAAUGAAUUUUUGUGACUUUGUUCAAACUUUAGUUAAGCAAUGCCAGUAUUCUAUCAUUUACGAUCAGUUUCUAAUGGACAAUGUAAUCUCUCUUCUUACCGGAUUGUCCGAUUCUCAAGUACGCGCGUUUCGUCAUACAGCAACGCUGGCGGCGAUGAAAUUAAUGACUGCGUUGGUUGAUGUGGCAUUAUUGGUAUCAGUCAAUUUCGACAAUGCCGCGCGGCAGUACGACGCGGAAAGAUUGAAGCCCAGAGAUAAACGGGCUCCGGAUCGUCUAGAAUCACUGAUGUCCAAACGGACGGAGCUGGAGGAAAACAUGGACGAAAUUAAAAACAUGCUGACAUACAUGUUCAAAUCAGUUUUUGUUCAUCGCUAUCGAGAUACUUUGCCGGAAAUAAGAGCCAUUUGUAUGUCGGAGAUUGGUAUUUGGAUGCAAAAGUUUUCGCAGAACUUUUUGGAUGAUUCCUAUUUGAAGUAUAUCGGCUGGACAUUGCACGACAAGGUUGGUGAGGUUCGUCUACGCUGUCUGCAAGCGCUCUUGCCGUUGUACGAAAAUGAAGAGCUUAAAGGAAAACUGGAACUGUUUACUUCAAAAUUCAAAGACCGAAUAGUGGCGAUGACAUUGGACAAAGAAUUCGAAGCUGCGGUUCACGCUGUAAAACUUGUCAUUAAUAUUUUGAAAAGCCAUCAGGACAUUCUAACCGAUAAGGACUGUGAAAUAGUGUACGAGUUAGUAUAUUCGUCCCACCGCGGUGUUGCUCAGGCUGCAGCCGAGUUUCUGAACGUUCGUCUGUUCUGCCUGGAUGCCGACGCACAGGUUACGUACACUAAACGCGGCAAAAAGCGUUUACCAAAUACACCACUGUUACGCGAUUUAGUUCAGUUCUUCAUUGAAUCGGAGCUUCACGAGCAUGGAGCUUAUUUAGUCGAUUCUUUUAUUGAUAGUAAUCCGAUGGUUAAGGACUGGGAAUGUAUGACUGAUCUGUUACUAGAGGAGCCAGGCCAGAUGGAAGAAACGUUGGAUAAUAAGCAGGAAUCAACAUUGAUCGAAAUUAUGGUGAGCGCGGUGAGACAAGCAGCGACCGGAGAGCCUCCGGUAGGACGUGGUAGCAGUCGUAAAAUGACACUGAGCGCUAAAGAAAUUAAACAGGUGCAGGAUGAUAAGCAAAAGCUGACGGAACAUUUCAUUCAUACGCUUCCACUGUUGUUAAACAAAUACAGUGCGGACAGUGAAAAAUUAACGAACUUGUUAGCGAUUCCUCAGUAUUUCGACCUGGAAUUGUACACAACUACUAGACAGGAAGCCAAUCUGCAAACGUUACUGGACAAAAUGACCCAUAUAAUGUCGAUUCACGUGGAUCGUGAUGUGCUGGACACGUGCUCGAAAACAUUUGAGUUUCUCUGUACCGAGGGAAGCGCCAUCUACACACGAUGUGAUGUCGCUCGAUCAAAUGUUAUUGAUGAAUGUGUUAACCGAUACAAGGAAGCCAUCGAUGACUAUCGUAAUUUAAUAGCCGGCGAGGAAACUCCAAAUGAGGACGAAAUUUACAACGUUAACAUCAGUCUGAAGAAGGUCGCCAUUUUGUACUCUUGUCACAACUUAAAUCCGUGGAAUUUAUUCGAUUCACUCUAUCAAGAUAUUGAAGAAAGCCUUUCGGAAAAUGCCGGCGACAACGGAAUUCCUCACGAGGCUCUGGUUUAUUGCAUUGAAGCGUGCUUUUUCUCGAUCAAAUGGGGGUUGUACUAUUUGGAAAAUACGAUGGACAGAUCGGCAGCUAAAGAGGUUGAUGAAUUGCGCGAAAAUUUGAAAAAGUACAUGGAUGCUUGCAAUAAUCUGAUGACUUACGAGGUGGCCUCAAUUGUCGAGGCUGCGUAUAUGUCGAUUUGUGACUUACUCGUAGUGUUUAGUGAUCAACUGGUCAGUCAUCCAAAUGAACCAAUACGCCAACUGGUGUACAUUCCCAGUCCCGAACAGCAGGCACUGUUGAAUGAUUUCGUGCAGACCAACGUAUUUUCACCGGAACAAGAAGAAGGACAUGACGAAACCAGAAUUGAAGAACUGCAUAAAAGGCGAAACUUUUUGGCUGCUUAUUGUAAGUUGAUCGUAUAUAAUGUACUACCGAUGAAGUCGGCAUCGGAAAUUUUCAAGCACUAUUUGAGGUGUUAUAAUGAAUAUGGUGACAUAAUUAAAACUACGCUCGGGAAGACUAGAGAAAUUAACAAGGUCAACUGUGCACUAACCAUGUGCUUGAGUUUAAUCAACAUCUUUAAAGAUAUUCAGGAUGCUUCACCUGGUGGGCGUGUCUCGAGAAAUUCUCAGGAAUUUCAGGAUCUCAAGGAAUUAGCCAAACGGUUUGCCCUUUCCUUCGGGUUGGAUGCUGUAAAGAAUCGUGAAGCGAUCACAGUCUUUCAUCGAGCUGGAAUUUUAUUCGCCGUUACGAUUCCAAAUGAAGCAUAUGAAGAUCCGUCGGCACCGCCUCCCUGUAUCGCGUUUCUCGAGGUACUGGCCGAAUUGACAAACAAGUUAAUCAAACAGGAUAAGAAGCUUAUUCUCAGCUUCAUGGAACGUCGAUUAAAUGCCGGAAUUCCUUCGAGCCGCUCAGAGGAUUGGCAACCCUUAAUGACGUACAAAAACUCACUACUGCACGGCGAAACCGACCAGCUGCCGGUAACAUCGAAACGCGCAUACUCUCGUAGAAAGAAGGAUUAUGAUCACGACGACGAUGAAGAGCACGACGAUGAGGAUGAUCAGGAUUAUGUUGCGUAAGCAUGGUCGGGAGAAAUGGUAUUUCUUUUUUACUAUAUAACAUUCUCAUAAAUAUAAUUAAGAAAUAAUUAUAAUUAUUAUUUAAACAUUUUAGUUAAUAGAGCUUCUCGGUAAAAAUCGUGGACGUCAGGAAUCAGACGCCAUAAAUAAAAACGCACUUUAUGCUUCUGACGUUUUCUGUGUCUGAACUAAUGCAAUCAAUAUACUCGUAGAGAGUAUAUACCUAGGUGUUU